AACCAUGGCUCAGAGACCGAUGCUGAUUGUGACUGUCAUCCUGUGUACGGCUUACAUUGUAUCUGCACAAUGUCCGGGCAUAUGUGAUUGCAGUAGCUACAAUAGUCGUAAGGAGAUUCGCUGCGGCACCAGGGACCUCACAUCAAUUCCAAGCAAUCUUCCCUCAGACACGCAGAUUCUCCGACUUGAGUUUAACCGCAUUGAAUCUAUUAGUUCAACUGAUUUAUCACGGAUGGUAAAUCUGAAGCGACUCACGCUUUACAAUAACAUGAUAUCGUUCAUCGAUACUAAUGCUUUUGCAUAUCAACAAGAUCUGGAGAUACUUAAUCUGAAAUAUAACAGGAUCCGAUUCAUUCAUAGCCAAACAUUCCGAAACAUGCAAAAGCUAGUCGAGCUGAGCUUGGACAAUAACCUGUUACAGUCCUUCGGAAACGACACCUUCAACGGUUUGGUGAAAUUAAACGAGUUAGAAAUAGAUGGAAAUCCGUUGCAGUCCUUGCCUGAGGGAAUCUUUAAUGGCCUCACAAACCUGCGUCUCCUUGAUAUUUCUAAUGUUGUUUUCGAAGUCAUUCCAUCCAAUCUCUUUGAUGGACUGACUAGCUUAGAAACCCUCAAGAUGAACAACGUUACUCAGAAUGGGGACCACCUCUUCAGUAGUGAAUUCAUUUUCGCUUCUGUUCCUACUCUAAUCACGUUAGAGGUUCGUCGGAAUUCCUUACAUUGUCUUCCGGGGUCUCUUGCAGUACUCAGAGCUUUAAAAUUCCUUCAACUAUCCAUGAAUCCACUAACCUGUAGUAAUUUUACCGUACUUAAACACCUUCAGCGUCUCGAAGAACUGCACAUGGAGGACUCUGGAAUAACUACGUUAUCCUCAAACAUGUUUGUUGGGAACACCAAUCUCGUCUUCUUGUUGAUAGAGUACUCGAGUUUGUCUACAGUGGAGGAAGGUGCAUGCGUUCACAGGACUCAGUCGACUCGAAGAUCUGUACCUCUCUUCCAACAACAUUACUACUUUGCCAGACCACGUAUUUGA